AAAUGACAUCUCCUUGCUUUGUUGUUCAUCAUAUCAGAAAGUAAAAGUUCAAGUGCCCUUCUUUUCGCGCGAUUUAUUUCACAAAAUAUCUUGUAUCGCAAUAGUGAUUAAGAAACCGCAUAUUUAUACUUCUGUUUAUAAUAAACUGUGUUCCAAGUGAUUUAUACAUUUUUUUUGCUCUUAAAAUCGCCUGAAGUUAGACAAACUUACAAAUCGAUACAUGUGCAUAUUAACAUGUUUAACAUAUGAUGUAGAUUUAUGAUAUUAUAUUCAGGUGCAUUCGUCAAAUUCGCAUAAAAAUCAUCGUGAUGAUAUAACACGGUGACACCAAAUGGCAUCACUCAACAAUUUAUACGUUUACGUGAAGAACUUGAAUAUUCGGAAAUUUUGUAACAUAUAAUGGCUUCAACUAUUUAUUCUUACUGACAGUUUUUAUGAAAUAUAUGGUAAAAAGCACGAAAUUUGCUUUAUUUUCGAUUCAUUUUAUUGGUCAUCAGCAUGCAACACAGUAUGGAAUACAAAGAAGAAGAUGUUGAGUGCUGAACCAUAAUAAUCAUAAAAUCCAAGCAAAUAACGCUAUAACUAAUGUCAGUAUAUGAUACGCUUAUGAGAAACCAAACCAAACGAGUUUGGAUUUAAAACCAAAACAGAUGCCAAAGAAACCAAUGAUGAUUUAAACCUCACAAGACAAUAAUAACUAAUAGAAAACCACAAAUAUUUCGAAGCAACAAAUAUAAGAUUCCAUCUGUUGCUACAAACCACCAAACCAAUUGAUUAUUAUCAAGCAUCGUUUUUAAAACCAAUAACAUUUUAUAGAGUACAGAAAAAGCUCAUUCGAUAAAAAAUAAAACAAAGAAAACAUUCCACAUCUUGCCAAGGCUCUGACUGACGACAACCAAAACCGACAAAGCAUUUGCGACAAAUUCAAAUCACCUCAAAAAUUACCAAUUUCUUUUAUGAAAAUAUUCAAUAAUUGAAAGUCCAAAAGUGAGCUACUAAAAUGGAUCUGACACAUUCAACCGACUUAACGACGGUUCCGUCGGAAAGUUAUAUCCCCGGAAGCAAAUCAACCGACUUUAUCAAGCCCAAAGGUUCCAGCAACAAUUUAGAAGCACAAAAUCAAGGCGAAUUUCAAGUGUAUACAAGACGAUGGAUAGUUUUAGCAAUCUUUACACUCUAUUCGGCAUCAAAUGCUCUUCAAUGGAUUCAGUACAGCAUCAUUGCAAAUAUCGUUGAAAAAUAUUACAAUGUGUCGAACAAUUGGGUCAAUUGGACAUCGAUGAUCUUCAUGAUAAUUUACAUUCCGUUAAUUUUCCCGGCCAGCUGGUUUUUGGAUAAAAUGGGUUUACGUGUGACAGCAUUAUGUGGUGCAUUCGGUACUUGCAUUGGAGCAUGGGUUAAAGUUUUUUCAGUUGACCCCGGACUAUUUUACGUUGGAUUUAUUGGACAAACCAUAGUGGCAGCAUCACAAGUAUUUAUUCUUUCACUGCCAGCGCGUGUUGCGGCCGUAUGGUUCGGUCCAGAUCAAGUAUCAUCAGCAUGUAGCAUCGGUGUGUUUGGAAAUCAGUUGGGCGUUGCAUUGGGCUUCUUAUUGCCACCGUUGAUUGUACAAAACCACGAUGACCUUGAAUUGAUUGGAAAAGAUUUUCAAUUGAUGUUCUAUAUGAUAGCCGGUUUUACCACUUUGCUUGUUACGCUUGUUGUACUGUUUUUCCAAGCUCAACCACCAACACCGCCAUCAGCUGCGCAAGAGGCAACGCAAUCACCCCUUGAAUCAUCACCAUUCUUACAUUCCAUCAAACGCUUAUUCUUAAACGGAAACUACAUUCUAUUGCUUAUUUCGUAUGGAAUGAAUGUGGGGGUGUUCUAUGCCAUCUCGACUCUUCUCAAUCGGAUUGUACUCUUAUAUUAUCCAAAUCAUGAAAUGGAUGCUGGACGAAUUGGAUUGUGUAUUGUAUUGGCCGGAAUGCUGGGAUCCGUUUGUUGUGGCAUUGUUUUAGAUAAAACCCAUCGUUUCAAAGAAACAACAUUAUCGGUAUACACAUUUUCGAUGAUCGGUAUGUGGAUAUAUACGUUUACACUUAACGUUGGACAUAUUUCAGUGGUGUAUGUGACAUCAUCGUUACUUGGUUUCUUUAUGACAGGCUAUUUGCCUGUGGGCUUUGAAUUUGCUGCAGAACUAACGUAUCCAGAACCAGAAGGAACAUCAGCCGGUUUGCUAAAUGCUGCCGCGCAAAUAUUUGGCAUUUUAUUUACGAUGCUUUAUGCCGAACUGUUCGACAGAUUCGGUGAUACUGGAGCUAAUAUUACAAUGGCGAUCAUGUUGUGCAUUGGCACAAUCGUAACUGCUGUGAUUAAGUCGGACCUACGACGACAGGCUGCUUCUCAAUCGGCCAAAAAUUAAAUCAACCAAUUUUAUUUUUUAUGAAAUCCAUUUUUAAAAUGGACGAUGAAUCGUUGUGAGAGCUUGUCUUACCCUGAAUAUUAUGCAUAUGACAAACCGUAUAUUUUAAUUGAAUUCAAUUAGAUACUAAAUUAUUAUUAAUUUAAAUUUUUAAAAUUUACGAAAUAUUUUAAAUAUCGAUAUUUUUGUAUUUUGGUUUUAUUUUUCUAUCUGCUGAUUUGCAUUUUUAAAUUUUGGCAGAUACAUUUUGGUACUGAAUUCAUGGAAAAUUUAUAUCUUUUCCGACCAAUCAAUAUUGGAAAGCGUAAAUGAUGAAAAUACGUUCAAUAGCAGCAUAAAAUAUGCCGAAUUUCGCAAGUUUUUUUAAUACUAGAUUCCGAUAGGUAACAUGACAAAGCAUUCCACUUAGAAUGUAUCAAAACUACUGUAGUAGGUUCAGCAAGUUUUCAAAUUGACUGACUAUUUCAACAUUGACGCAUACCAAUGCGUUGGUACUAUUUAAAUUCAGUAUCAAAAUCAUGUAAUUGCAUUGCUCAUCGUAUUUAACAUGCAAAUCGAAAAUGUUCUACUUUUUUUUUAAAAAGUCGUUGAUCCAUGCAUGAAGGGCACUUCUUUGAAAUUUAUGUUUUUUUUAGAAAGAAUUUUUCAUAUCAACCAAAAGUUGGAAUUUCAUUUCGUUUUGUCAGAGCAAUAACAUUUAAAAUAUAGUAUAAUAUCAGAGAUAGAAAAUGACGGCUUUGGUCCGGACAUAAUAUUUACUCAUUCUCAUCAAAUAAUAAGCACAUAUUUAUGCAUGCAGAACUAUUUCUGUGUGUCUUUUUAAAAGAGUGCAACUAAUUUUGCGUACAUAUUACCUGAUGCCAAACAUAGAAAUAAUUUAACUAAAGGUUUUUGAUGUUUUUGAUCAAAUUUGUGAAGUUAAAAGAGAAAAUGAUCGAAUGCUUCUUAGAAAAAAUAAUAAUAUAUAUAUACAUACAUCAUGCCAAAUUCAUUUAAAACCGAAACGAUAGUGCCAAUAGAGAAAUAAUAUAGUAAAAUGUAUUCAUAUAUCCUAAAUCAGAGAAUGAACAGUUAUGUAUACAAAAAAAAUCCAAAUGAAAAUUGAAAAGAAAUAUUUAUUUAUAUCAAAAAUUAAUGCCAAAGCCAAAAAAUUGAGCAAUUAUUGUUAAAAUGUUGAGAAUAAUAUAUAUAAAUAUAUAUUUUUAGAGUGAUGAAAAGCGUCUAACGUAGUCAAUGUUUUAUUGUAUUAUUGUGAAAUUUACCAGCAAAAAGAACACAUAGCGUUUGUUAUAAAUUAGAUUUUGAAUGGUCUAUAUUACAUCCAUAUGCUCAAAAUGAUGCUCCCAAUAAUUUAAUGAUACCUCGGAAUGGAUAACUUGUUUUUUAUAUAUCGUCUAUACCUAAAUAUAGACCCACAAAAAUAAUGGUUGUUAUUUAAUUUAAAAAAAUAUUACAAAACGGUUGUGGUUAAAUUUUACGUCACGAACAACAUUUACCACAACGUUUCAUUUAAAAAUCAUUCAUGUCAGGUCUAGCCAAACGCAAUUUCUUUUGACUCGUUGCCAAGAAAUUUUUGGAAGUAAUAAAUUGUAAUGCAAAUGGUUAAUGAAAAUUACCUGAAAAAAAUGAAAUGUUUGCAACCGUUUGCCGAAAAUAUUUUGACAUAAUCGAAAAACUAACCAGCCGAAACAUGUUUGAAAUGUUUAUUAUUCUAGUAUAUCAACUGCUUGAAUGUCUAGUAAAGAACCAGGCGCUCAAAUCCACUGUAAAACGUACGUAUGAAAUAUAUUCACAGCCAGAGUUUUGCUCAGCGCUGCUGCCAUCCACAGCAUAUUAAAAUAUCUUGCUGAGAAUGCGUCGUCUGUCGCAUGCGAAGGUAGGUAGAAGUUUUAUAUAACAGCGAACAACAAUACAUGCAUUGUUCUCUAAUCAAUCGUUUGAAUGUUUUGAGUCACAUAAUCGUGAAGAGAACAAUGUAUACAUUCUUGUUCACUGUGAUGUACAAACUGGCACGUACCUUCGCAUGCGACGGACGACGCAUUGUCAGCAAGAUAUUUCAAUAUGCUGUGGGUGGCAGCAGCGCUGAGCAAUACUCUGUUCACAGCUAUAACCUAUUGUAUACAAUGUGACAGUGUAAAUGGUUCUUCGCGUGGUUCUUUGCGUCAAGUACCAAUGACAGUGUCAUCUGCCAUCUUCUUUAUUUGGUGGACUCUCUGCUACCAGAAUUUUUGAAGGAAAAUUUUAAUUUUCUUUUAACGCAAUUUUGAAUCAUUUUUUAAAAUUUAUGUCAAGAAAUUAAUCUGAAAAACAAAAACGAAUUCAAUUCAAUGUGGACGAUAAUUGAAUCAUCUAGGAUAUUCGUGUCUUCGAGAAACAUGUUGAUCUUUUAUUUUAACUAAUUUCCUGACGUCACGAAAAUUGUGACCGAUUCAAUUAUAGUUGAUUAUUUUUUUCCAAUCAUAACACAAUUCUUGCAUUCAUAAACCGUAUCGUAUGGCUUUUGAUGCGCAUCAACACAUUGGACAAUAAGGCGAAAGCACCACCGCAACCCAAACGAUAUUUAAUUUUAAUUUUUAACAAACAACACAAAUUGAGCCAAAAGAAUGAUUUUAAAUGAAUUCUGCUUAAACCAAAAUAGAAGAAGACAAUACUUUAUUAGAGCUAUAUAGGUCCCCAAAUUUUCAAAUUGGAAACUGUCCUUUGACAGUAUUAUGUCUUUGUGUCUAAAAAACAAUAAAAAAAUUUCGUUUUCAUAGUGGAGCUAUGUGUGUAACAUUCAACAUAUACGUAUAAUAUGUGUUUAACUAAAUAAGUCAAAUAAUUAAAUUCAUAUACAAAAAAAAAAAAAAGAAACUACAAACUUUUAUUAUAAAAGUGUUAAAACAUUAUAAAUGUCACUGUGCAUAUUGGGAUCGUAGAAUAGAUUAAAGUACAAAGCUGUCAAAUCAAGCAGCAAUUUGAAAAAUUGUUUACCUUUUUAGAUACAUAACAUUUUGCGAAACAGAAACAAUAAAAUAUGGAUGAUAUAUAUGGAUAAUGUAAAUGCAAGCACUGUUUUGAAGAGAGAAAAAAAUGUUGCGUAAAAUUCUGCACUACAAUGAUAGAUUUUUAAAAAAGCACGUAGCGUCACAAUGUUUUUAGUAUUCAUCUUACAUUUUACAGAUAGUGAACGAAAGAUUAACAAAUUCAUCAAUAUUUUGAACUAUACAAUUUUGUCCCUCUCUCAUAUCCUCUUAAACUCUUCUUGAUGUACUCUCCAUGCGUUACUUAUAUACAACAAUCCACUAGAAUCUUUAUUAAACUUCCAUUUUCCGAAUAUUACAACUCAAUUAUAGAUGCUUUUUUAUUAUUUGUAUGGGCGAGAAUAAGAAGGACACUCAUCCAAAAAUAAUUGCGUUAAUUGCACACAUACUAAUUAGCCACCGAUGUUGGUGCUGAGCUCCUAUUUGAAAGAGUUACAACAGUUGUUAACACGUACAAUAAUACAUAUAGUAUAAACGAUAAACUCUAAUAUCGAAGAUGGAAAUGUUAUUCCUCCAAAUAAGUACAGAUCUUGGUACAGACUGAGAAAGUCCUCCUUCCAACGGUCCAUUUCUAAGAAAAUUAACAUCAUCAAUCAAUUGCUUCAGUGUUUUUGUAACAUCAUGCGAUGCUAGCUCAUGCUUUCUAAUAUUGUUGUUAUUUAGUUUAAGCGGCAAAAAUACUGUCGCAACUGAUUGAUGGUGUACACUUAAGAUUUGACCAAACUUAUUUCACACAUGUCUCCCGUUUAUUAGCGAAAAAAGUUGAAAAAUUUGAACAGACUGAUGUCUAAACCAUCCGUGAAAGUAAUAGCAGUGAGCCAUGUAUUUUAAUUUUGUGCCUAUUUCGAUUAACACAACAAAAUACAGCCUAUACUAUAAAAAAGAAUUUCUUCAAAUAUUCAUAUCUCAAAUACGUUGGCAUUUCUAAAUUGUUAUACCAUCUAUUACCGAUACGUUUGAAACGUCACGCUUUUGUAUAGUUUUGAAAAUCAUAUGGACAAAUACAAUUUAUGCGGCACGUCAUCUUGUUUUCCUUGCAUAUUUUUUCUGUGUAUACUGCUGAAAUAUGUGCUUAUAUAGCUGAAGUUCUAUAAGUUUAGGGGUUUCAACGUGUCAAUAACAGGUGGCAUAACGCGACUACUUUUGCGACUUUGUUCGAACAUGUUUGAGUUAUGGAAAUAUUCAACAGCAACUAAACAAAUUGUUGAACAUUUGCAUGAAAUAAAUGCAUGAGGUUGGGAUUUGCAGUGCACGUUUACACUUUUUAUGAUUAAAAAACAAUUGAUUUCAGUUGAAUGGAAUGAAAUAAUAUCACGCAACUGGAAUUAAUGUUGAACAAACAUCAAAAUGAGAUGAUGAUUAAUUUCCGUUACAAUGUAAAACCGAUAAAUAAACUGCUAUUAAAUUGAAUACAUUGAAAAAGCUACAGUCUGCUAUUUAAAUUGGUUUGAAUUCAAAAGUAAGUGAACUUUUUUUUGCAUAAAUUAGAUUAGAUCUCAUUGCACAUUGAUUUUAGUCGAAUGAUCAAAAUAUUCGUAAAUCUAGUCGCACAAUUGACUCACAGCAAAAAAAACCGAAGCAAAAAACCUUGUUCACUAAGUAAAUAUUUAAAUGUAAUAAAUCAAUAAAUAAAAAGGCAUUCUCCUGCGGAAAUA